AUGGCGAACACACUAAGCUCAGGUGGGCUGAAGGAGGCAUAUUUUGGCUCGAGUCAGCAAAAAGCGGAAAGUGAAGACAAUGCAGUAGACAACGGAUUCCUGGACCUGCCCCUAGGGCGGCACGGACAGACCUUCCCGUCAUCCGACGAUACUGUCCUGACGUUCGACAACUUGAACGGGUUGGAGUCGGAUUUGACGCUUACACACGCCGACUACCUCGGUGCCUUCCACACUUUUGAGGCGCUCACGAGGGAGCGCUAUGAAGACAAAGUAACACAUCCACACGACGAUCUGCACGUAUUUGAGCAUUAUGACCAAUGCGACUCCUAUUCCACGAGGUACUCGGAAGCCGCGUACGACGCCGAGCUGAAGAACAACAGCGCCAUGAUGCUGAAGUUCGAUACACUCACCGAAUCGGUGCUGAAGCAGCUGGAAACGCCAGUAUUGGAGCCUAAAACGGAUGUUUUCACGGAUGUGAAUCUCUGUCGACUCGCAGACAUGGACCCCAAGCUCCUGGAAAGCCUGUGCAACGCAGGCAUAAAUAUACGCGAAAUUGUGUCGCCAAAACCAGCUAACGGUUCAAGUGGAUACGGAGGGUGCGGAGAAGGAAAUUACGAUAGUGGUGCGCGACCAGCGCAAAAACAGACGUCAAUGCCGCACCUGGACAUCGGCUCCAAUGACGUGGAGCGCGCAUACAGCCAAGAGGACAACACAUCAGACCACAAAGCAAACUUUGGACUAAAUUACAAACUAUGCCGCACCGCUCGGAGGCGGGGAAAGAGAAGCGAGGAUUGCGAACAGCCCGUACUCACGCGUGGGCAGUCCGAGAUAUCCGCCAUCAAAUAUUUUGCCGCGAAUGCCCACAAGGCACCCGCAAACAAGUGUAAGAGCAUGCUAAAACCAAUGCAUGCAACUGUCGCACCCGCCUGGGUCAAAAACAGCAUACUCGGCGACAAGGUCUCCAACAACAUCAGCGCUAUUGCCAAGGACCAGGCCGGGUGCCGCAUGUUGCAGAAGCUGCUGGAGUCGGAAGACCAGGCGCUCAUCAAUUCAGUACUUGAAGGAGUAUGUAAAAACCUAUUCGAGCUCAUGACGGAUCCCUUCGGAAACUACCUCUGUCAGAAGCUAAUGUCGGUAUGCUGCGAGAACAACUUGACAAAGAUCAUCGAUUCCGCUGGCAAAAGCCUAGUAGACGUCGCUCUCAACAUGCACGGAACGAGGGCACUCCAAAAACUUAUUGAGGUUCUGAGGACGCCAGAGCACAUCAGGAAGGUGACGCACGUGCUCAGCGCAGGAGUGGUGCAGCUGGUCACCGACCUCAACGGAAACCACGUCAUACAAAAGUGUCUCAGCUCACUCACAGCAGAGGAUUGUGAGUUCAUUUAUCAAGCAGUAAUCAAAAAUUGUGUUUGCCUGGCCACACAUAGGCACGGCUGCUGCGUUAUGCAGCGAUGUAUCGACGCCGCAAACGAGCGGCAGCGGAAGCAACUUGUAGAGGUCAUCACCACGAACGUGUUGCGCCUCGUGGAAGACGCGUACGGAAACUACGUCAUCCAAUACACACUCAAACUUAAGGACAACGACAUCAACAUGCGAAUCGUUAACGCACUGGCACCCAAGGCCACCCUGUUCGCACAGCAAAAGUUCAGCUCCAACGUCGUUGAAAGGUGCCUCAUCAUAUGUCCACCUGAUCUCAGAAGCAUACUCAUAGAACGCUUCAUCAAGGCGCCCUUCGACGUGCUCAAGGAGCUCAUACUCCACCCAUUCGGCAACUAUGUUAUCCAACGGGUGCUCAACGUCGCGCAGCCAGACGAGCUCGGAGCACUGCUCAACAGGAUAAAGCCGCACAUCGACGAACUCAAAAAUGCGUCGUCAGGCAAAAGAAUCGCGGCGAAAAUCACGCGAAAGCACUACAACGAAGUAAAUGCGGCGCACAAGGAAGCGCAUCGCACCGACCAGCAGAAGCUCGAUUUCAGCAAGGGCGCGAAAUCAAACGCCCACGCGAGCGGCCGGAACAACAGGGACAUAGCAGGAGACCUGUUGCGCAAGGUACAACGCAGCACCGUGUACCGUGGCGCAUCACCAAACAACAUGAGCGACAACGGUACACUCUUCCAACAACAAUCUUUCAACAACAUGAAAAGCAAUCUCGCAGACGGACUGAGUUCAAUGAGAAUUUCGCGGGGCACCAACUUCAAUGCAAGCGAAGAACACUAUCAGGGCAAGGCCGUGAGGGCAAGCAGUAUGGGGGCCGAUAACGGGAACUCGGGCAUGGGCCCAGUGUCGCUGGAGAUGCUAAACUCGCUCUUCUCGCGGACACUCACCAUAGGCAGCGACCCAGCGUCGCUCUCCGAGUACUUCAACCCCGGCUUCCCCGACGGAACCCCGCACAAGACAUAG